UUUAAGCCAAAAAGAAAACUAAAGGCUCAACUGAAAAUGGAUGAUAUUUGGAAAAAAAACAUUAAAAGCAAAAAAAAAGAAGAAUAAAAUGCAUGAUUGGCCAAGAGGGUUUAGCCGAGUGGAAUUGACUUGCAUACCAAUAGUCCCAGGUUCAAACCCCCAUGAUACCUUGAUAGUGCGUGUGAGAGAUUCUCUCUCUCAGUACUUUAGAUUAUUGCUUGUUAAAAAAAAAAGAAAAAAGAAUGACUGCUGUACGACAUGUCGUAUGUAUUGAGAUAACCUUGUAUUAGCCCGACCCAACGACGCAAAUAGUCAAACCAUUUCCGCUGCAGCAGUCGAAUUGAGUUUUGCCGUUGGGCUCUAAGUCACCGACUCACUCUCGCACAGUCGCAGGUAACAAACACAUUCUGUCUCUGCCGCUUCCACCGAUUUCGAUUCUUACCUCUUCCUGAUAUCGAUCUAUGCAUUUCAUUGUUUCAUCGCGGCAUGCUUGAAGUUGCCCGCAAGGAAAAAUAAGAACAUGCCGUCUCUGCAAACCGCAUUGCCUCCUGAGCUCGCGAAUAAUGUGAUCAGACUUUACCGCGAGUGUCUUCGAAGAGCUAAAUAUGUUGGUCAUCGGCAACACAAUACGGAACUUGUGGUUGAUAUGGUGCGGCAGCAGUUCAAGAAACAUAUGCUUGAGACAGAUCCAGAGAAGAUUCAAAAGUUGAAGGAUGAUGCCGCAAGGGGACUUAUAAAUCAUAUACUAUUCGAGUCCGAGAGGCUGUCUGGUCGUAAAUUCAGCAGCUCUUGAUGUCAAGGUUUUCAGUUUUCUUUCUGAGGUUCCAGUUUGUUGUAUUGGGUGAAUUUUUGGCAGCAAAAUAAGUGAUACCGUCGAUGUAAGAUUUAAUGCUAUUUUGCCUUUUUAUGAAGUCUGAAUGCUUGGUUUCUUUGGAAGUUA